AUGGCAAAUGCAGACAGUGAGGUCAAAACGUUGCUGAAUUUUGUAAAUUUGGCAUCCAGUGACAUCAAGGCGGCCCUGGAUAAGUCAGCUCCGUGCAGACGCUCUGUGGACCACAGGAAAUAUCUCCAGAAACAACUGAAGCGGUUCUCUCAGAAGUACUCCAGGGUGCCAAGAUGCCACGCACACAGGCCUGCGGAAUAUGGAUGCGGCAGACCGGUGGGGACUGUUCACCAAAGUGUGAAGGUCGCGGAAAAGGCCAGCUCGGACGCGCAAGAUGUGGAGAACGUUGGGAGAGCAGUGGAGCAGGUGCCUAUGAGGAAACGCCAGCUACCAGCUUCAUUUUGGGAGGAACCCAAGUUGACCCAAACUAAGAGGGAGCACUCACAUUUAGGAUUGAAAAGGAGCCAUGCAGGCACAUCGGAGGGCGGUGAAAAUGAAAAGAGGAAAAGGAGUUAUGGUGACGAUGCAAAGGCCACGCUGUCUGCGUCCAGUCGGCGCAGCUCUGCGGACAAAGACACGCUUAAAUUGGACCUGACCGCUCACCACUGUGUGAGUGUGUGCGGCGGCUGCCCCUUCCAGUACCACGGACACCAGGUCCUCCACAGUCACAUUGUUGUCCCCCAUCCGAACCUGGGACUGUGGAGCAAGGCAGCAGGGACUGAGAUAGAGAGACCUGAGCAUCCUUAUGGACAGAAAAUUCACACACAUGUUGUGGUCAAACCCAUACCGACCAAACCCACCGUCCAGUCACCGAUCUUCAGUGUGUUUGGAUUCAUUUAA